UACACCUUCAAUUUUUAUCUGUAAUGUUAUUUUGUCACAAUGUCAUACUCCUUCCUCACCUGUCUCGUGCGUUGUCUUAAUAGUAGCGUAACCGAUCCCCAUACUUUGCGCUCCUCAAGACAAGAAUCUCAUCAUCUCCUCAUCACCUCUGUUUUUCCUUCUUCUUCUUUUCCUACCAACGUUUUUUUGUAGUUAUAUUCUUCUUGUUUGUUUCCCUCAUCAUCUGUGUGAUUAUCCUCCAUUUUCUCUCUACCUCCCUUAAACCACAACACACACACACGCACUCCUUCCAUCAUCUCCAACCUUACUUCUGAUUCCAUUUUUUCCGUUUUCUCCAACCUUUGUUCUGCCGGGUUUUUGCCAACAGGGAACGGAAGAGGAAAGCAAUGGAGACCCACCUGCCCAAAUCAAAAUCUAAACCUUCCAUGGCUGCAGGGAAGUCGCCAUCCAGGUUACAGAAAUGUGCACCGGCAGCUCUUCGUCUUGAUGCCAUCAGAACUGGCUCCACCACCAAAGGGCAUCAUUCUUCUUCCGGUUCUUCCUCUGAUGCCUCUUCUUCCCCUUCCUCCCUCGGUGCAAUCCCUUUGUUAUCUCCCAUUGCUCUGUUAUCCCCUUUCCUCGACUCCCCGCCGCCGCGUCUUGAAUCGGAAGCUGAUUCUGCAGCACCGGUGUUUGCCAGAGCAACCGACAUUAUAAUGGGAGCACAAGAUAUGGUUGAUCAGGUGCAGGGCCCUCCCACGCCGGUUUUCGGUGCGUGGCAACACCCGGCGGCAUCUGCAGAACCUCCAAAGCUGUUCGCCCUCUUCCAUUCCCAAUGUUCGCUUGUUAACCCAACUCAGUGAAAACAGGAUUCCACCAGCUCGAUAGCGCGCAGUUUAGCGCUCAGCUUCAUACUCUUUUGCUCAUGUUGAAAACGUGUAUUUAUACUAGGAUUAUCAUUUUGCUUUGUCCUUGGUUUAUCCCCUUCUUAUCACUUUUGUAUUGUCGUUACCUUGCUCUUUUUAAUUUCAAUCUUAAUGAAAC